UUUUAACCUUCUUCUUAGAAGCAGCUUCUUGUGUGAAGCAUCACAAUGGGACAAACUGCUACUAUGGCCCUAAGUGCCUUUUUCCUGCUAAUAGUUGAUGAAAUAAAAUCAGAUUGAAUUGUGACUUCGCCAAAGUUACAAAGCUUGACUGAUCCCUUGUCAUGGUUUUAAUCUGGACACUGAGAAUCCAACAGUCUUCCAAGAAGAUGGAGCUGGAUUUGGGCAGACUGUAGUCCAGUUCAAUAAAGGGAGAUUGAUAGUUGGGGCACCUCUGAAGAUAGCAGCACCUAACCAAACAGGGCAACUCUACAACUGUGAAUUUAGUACUAAGACCUGUAUGGCCAUUCCCAUUAAUGUCCCUCAAGAGGCAGUAAACAUGUCUUUAGGAUUCACUCUGGCUGCUGCAGUAAACCCCUCACAGAUUUUGGCCUGUGGUCCUAUAGUACAUCGAACAUGUAAGGAGAAUGCAUACAUAAAUGGAUUAUGCUUCAUGUUGGAUUCAAACCUGCACCAAGAACAAAAUUUCCCAACAUCCCUACAAGAGUGUCCAAAGCUAGCAAAUGACAUUGUCUUCCUGAUUGAUGGCUCUGGUAGCAUCAAUAGAAAUCAAUUUAUACAGAUGAAGAAUUUUAUCAAAACAAUAAUGGAUCAAUUCACGGGUACCAAAACACAGUUUUCUCUGAUGCAGUAUUCUGAUGACUUCGAGAUACAUUUCACCUUCGAUGAUUUCAAGAAUGAUCCUGUUCCAAAAAAGCUGGUGGAUCCGAUUAAGCAGUUAAAAGGGUGGACACACACGGCUUCAGGCAUUAGAAAAGUAGUACGAGAAUUAUUUCAAGAAUGGAAUGGAGCUCGAAAAGAUGCCAAUAAGAUCCUCAUUGUCAUCACAGAUGGUCAGAUACAGGGAGAUAGUUUGAAUUACAGAAAUGUCAUCCCAGAGGCAGAGAAAGAAGGAAUCAUCCGAUAUGCAAUUGGGGUAGGGUUUGCCUUUAGAAAUCCAUCUGCCUAUCAAGAACUCCAGACCAUCGCCUCUAACCCACCGCAGGAGCACGUCUUUCAAGUGGACAACUUUGAUGCACUGAAGAACAUCCAAAACCAAUUGCAAGAGAAGAUUUUUGCCAUUGAAGGUACCCAAACAGGAAGUAACAGUUCUUUUGAAUAUGAGGUGUCUCAGGAGGGCUUCAGUGCUGUGUUCACCUCUGAUGGACCUCUCCUGGGUGCAGUGGGGAGCUUUGACUGGUCUGGUGGAGCCUUUUUAUAUGAUCAAAUUGAUAAACCUACAUUCAUCAAUACAUCCCUGGUGAACUUAGGCAUGAAUGAUGCUUAUUUGGGUUAUUCUAUUGAUGUUAUUGUUCAAAGAAGGACGCAGAGUCUGGUUAUGGGAGCACCUCGAUAUCAACACAUAGGGAUGGUGGCAAUGUUCAAAAAGAGCUUUAAUACUUGGGAGAAGACAGAUGAGGUCAUAGGGAAACAGAUUGGUUCCUAUUUUGGAGCAACCCUGUGUGCAGUAGAUGUGAACAAUGAUGCCAAUACUGACCUGAUCCUUAUUGGGGCUCCUUAUUACUAUGAACGGAACCAGGGAGGCCAAGUGUCUAUCUGCUCCUUGCCUCAGAGAAGGGCUAAAUUGAGAUGUGAAGUUAUUCUUCGAGGACAACCAGGACACCUAUUAAGUCGUUUUGGGGCAGCUCUGGCUGUGUUAGGGGACGUGAAUGGAGAUAAGAUGAUAGAUGUGGCUGUGGGGGCACCAGGAGAGGAAGAGAAUCGAGGAGCUAUCUACUUGUUUCAUGGAAUGGCUGGAUCUAGCAUCAAUUCUUCCUAUAGCCAGAGGAUUACAGGUUCUCAAUUCUCCCCCACAAUCCAGUAUUUUGGACAGUCAUUGAGUGGGGGACAUGAUAUCACCCAGGAUGGACUUAUGGAUGUAGCUGUGGGGGCCAAUGGACAAGUGCUGUUGCUCAGGGCCCAGCCAAUACUGAGAUUGGAAGUGCACAUGCAAUUUACCCCUAAAGAGGUGAGGAGGUCUGUGUUUGAGUGUCAAGAACAAAAGAAAACCAAUCAAGAAGCUGGAGUUGCCAGAAUUUGUCUCAUGACCCAUAAGCUAUCAGAAGACCAACUAGGUGAACUCCGGAGCACUGUGACAUGUAACUUAGUUUUGGAUCCUGGGCGUGUUACUUCUAGAGCCAUCUUUGAUGAGACGAAGAACCGCACAAGGGGGAAAGUUCUGACCAUAGGCAAGGACAGAAUCUGUGAGGAAGUGAAAUUGUUGUUGCCGAACUGUGUAGACGAUCCAGUGACUCCCCUCAUCCUAAAUUUCAAUUUCUCUCUGGUGGGACAGCCCAUUGCCUCAGCUGGGAAUCUCCGACCUGUUCUAGCAGCCAACGCUCCAAAGCUCUUCACUGGAGCUUUUCCUUUCGAGAAGAACUGUGGCAAUGAUAGUAUCUGUCAAGAUGAUCUCAGUAUCACCGUUAGCUUCCUAAGCUUACAGACGCUGGUGGUGGGAAGCCUCCAAGAUCUAAAUGGGACAGUGACUGUGAGGAACCAGGGGGAAGAUUCCUAUGGGACCGUGGUGACUUUUUUAUAUCCUCCAGGACUUUCCUUUCGACGAGCAUCAGGGGUUCAGAAUCAGCCAAAGUAUCUUUCCGUGGGAUUGGUUUGUGUAUCAGAAACAGCUGAGAAUGAGAGUAUAAGAAGCAGCCAGUGUAGUAUUAAUCACCCCAUCUUUCGGGAAGGAAGUAUGAUCAAUUUUAAUAUAACAUUUGAUGUUUCCCCUAUGGCAUCCCUUGGAAAUAAAAUGGUCUUCAAAGCAAAUGUGGUAAGUGAGAAUAGUGCAUCUGUCACCAACAAGACUUCCCUCCAGUUGGAACUACCAGUGAAAUAUGCCAUCUACCCAGUGAUCAGCAGCCAUGAAGAAUCUACAAAAUAUCUCAACUUCUCAACCUCAGAAGAGAAGAGCAUCAGUGAUCUGAAGCACAAAUAUCAAGUAAACAAUCUAGGUCAACGGGAUCUUGCCAUCAAAAUUGACUUCUGGGUCCCAAUUGAGUUGAACAAGAAAAACAUUUUGAAGAAUGUUCAGAUCAUCCCUUCUCAGAAUCUCUCAUGUACCUCAGAAAAAAAAGAUCCUAGUCACUCUAACUUCCUGGAACAGAUUCGUAAAACUUCAGUAGUGAAUUGCUCCAUUGCUGUCUGCCAGAGAUUUCGCUGUGACAUCCCUUUCUUUAAUGUUCAGGAAGAAUUUACCUUCACCAUUGAAGGCAAACUAAGUUUUAGCUGGGUCAAACAGACAGAGAGUAACAAUCUGUUGUUUACAAGCAUGGCUGAAAUUAUUUUUGAUGAGUCCAAAUAUGUUCUACUUCCAGAGCAGAUGUUUAUGACCAACAAGAUAGAGACCAAAGUAGAACAAUAUGAGGUUCAUUCUCCUGUUCCCCUCAUUGUGGGCAGCAGCGUUGGGGGACUGGUACUUCUUGCACUCAUCACGGCUGGAUUGUACAAGCUUGGAUUCUUCAAACGCCAAUAUAAAGAUAUGAUGAAUAAUCCUGAGGAAAGUGCACCUAAUACCACCCCUCCUGAAUAAGUGCUUCUUCUUUCACCUUCAUUCAGCCUCUUCAGAUAGAGACCUAUAGACUUUUGUUUAAACAAAUGGACCACUUCUCUUAUUGCCCAGGGGCCAACUCACUUUUUUCUAUCAGAAAAAGUACACACAUAUAAACUGUUGCAAUUGGCAAAGCUGCUCCGGCAAUAUAAUUUUUUUUUUUUUUGUAGUUCUCAUAUGUACACAUAAAUCUGUAAUAGAAGAUUACUAUCUGUUUUUUUUUCCCCUUGAGUGGAUGUCUGACCUUGGAUAUAGAACAGGGCAUGACAAAGUCGGGUAAGAAGGGAGCAUCUACUCUUUGUUUUAACUGGAAAUAAAGAAAGGGAAUUUUUUUUUCCUUUA